AUGGCAGAGAAGCGCGUGGAUCCUGCAACUGGAGAGGCAGUUACGCUGAAGGAGCUGAUGGCACACUACAAGGGGACGUACAAGAAGAGGGAGGUUGAGGACUACUGGGACGGCUAUUGCAAGGUCCCCAAGUCAAAGGCAAAGGAGAAGAAGCCGGCCAAGGAGCAGAAGCCUGAGCCGAAGGCCAAGGCCAAGGCAAAGGCCAAGGCGGAGGCGAAGCCGAAGGCAAAGGCAAAGCCUGCGACCAAGCCGGCAGAAGAUGUUGAGGCCAAGGGCAUCCGUACAGGCAAGGAUGGUGGCGCCUCGGCCCUGGCAAAGCUGCGCACCUUCAGCAAAUGCGUGCUGGCUGAGUACGUGUGGCUGGAUGCUGAUGGUGUGACACGAUCCAAGACCAUGACCAUGACUGCGAGGCCGCUGAAGGUCAGCGACCUCAAAGUGUGGAACUAUGAUGGCAGCAGUACAGGACAGGCGGAGGGCAGCAAUUCCGAGGUCCUUCUGAAGCCUCGAGCCAUUUUCAAUGAUCCGUUCCGCGGCUACCCGCACGUGAUGGUCCUCGCAGAUGCCUGGAACGCCUGGGAUGACAAGCCUGCCAAGAACAACACGCGCGUGGCGUGCGCCGAGACUAUGGACAUGUAUCGCUCGCUGGACCCUUGGUUCGGCAUCGAGCAGGAAUACACCCUGAUGAAGCCAGGAAAGGUUGGCCUGAAGUCAGCCGUCCCACUGGGCUUCAAUGCUGACGGCAGCGAGCCUGCGCCACAGGGGCCUUACUACACAGGUGCAGGCUUCAAUGUGGCCAUUGGUCGGCCUGUCGCAGAUGAACACUACAAAAUGUGCCUGGAGGCUGGCAUCAAGAUCUCUGGCAUCAACGCUGAGGUGAUGCCUGGGCAGUGGGAGUUCCAGGUUGGCCCUUGCCGUGGCAUUGAGAUGGGCGACCACCUCAUCAUGUCGCGCUACAUCAUGCUGCGAGUGACAGAGAAGCAUGACUGCAUUUGCUCCUUCGACCCAAAGCCAAAGGAGGGUGACUGGAAUGGUGCGGGAUGCCACACCAAUUUCUCAGUGGAGCCUAUGCGCGCGGCUGGGGGCUACGACUGCAUCGUGAAGGUCUGCGAGGCCUUUGGCAAGGCCACGAAGGAUCACAUCAAGGAGUACGGUGAAGACAACGACAAGCGCCUCACCGGCAAGCAUGAGACCUGCGACAUCAACACUUUCAAGUACGGCGUGGCCAACCGCGGGGCCUCCAUCCGCAUCCCCCGCGAUGCUGAAAAGAGCGGCCGCGGGUACAUGGAGGACCGCCGCCCUGGUGCCAACUGUGAUCCUUACAGAGUCACCAACAUCAUCAUGAAGACCACCGGUGAGUGCCUUGCUGCGGAGACGAUCGAGGCCGGUGCAAAGAUGCACACAGCUUUCGUCUUCAUCAAGCCUCAUGCAGUGUACGACAAAGUGAAAGAGCUGGUAAAGGACAAGCUCGUCGCCGAGGGCAUGACAAUCCUCAAAGAGGGACAGAUCAAGGCAGAGGUCAUUGACAAGAAGAAGCUCAUUGACACACACUACGGCGCCAUCGCUGCCAAGGCGGUGUCAAUGAAGCCGUCGCAGCUGACGGUGCAGGAGAAGGCUCAGCAGGAGUUUGAGAAACAGCUGCUCGCCGAGUUCGGGGUCGCAUGGAGCAAGGUGAUGGAAGAGGGCCUUGUCUUCAACGCCCUGGACGGUGCCAAGAAGCUGGGAAUUUCUUCAGAUGAGCUUGGCAAGAAGUACGACACCCUGAAGAAGGGUGAGGACAUCAUCAAGUUUGGCGGCGGCUUCUACUGCGGCAAGGUGGAUUCCAUCUACGUCAUCAACGGCUUUUACAUGAACAUGCGCUCGAAGUUUACAGCGCCAGGUACCAGCAUCUACUACUACGAGGUGGAGUGGCCGGCGGAGAAGAUGAAGUGGGCAGACUUCCGAGGCAAAAUGCUGGGGCCAACGGAUCCGGCCACAGCCCCGACUGGAUCUAUCCGAAAUGAGAUCUACAACAAGUGGGCUGAGUUGGGAUUGAAGGCGCAACCAGACACUGGCGACAAUGGAGUGCAUGCGUCCGCUAGCCCUUUCGAGGCCCUCGCUGAGCGCAGCAAUUGGCUGCGUGCCUCCAUCACCAAAGAUCCCUUUGGCAAGGCUGUUCUGGCCAGCGGAGUGACCAUGCACAUGAUCAAGGAAUGGUUUGACGACCCGGCGGUUUCCUUCGAGGGAGGAAAGAAGUCUCUGUUCGAUCUUGUGGAGGAUCUUGACGCGGCAGAGUGCCUGAAGAAGCUCAAGGCGAUUGCCGCAGAGAAUUGA